AUGGGAACUCAAUCAGAAAGUUCUUUUUUCCUUUUACCUUGUCUUCAAAAUAUCUCGAGUGAUGUACCACUAUUGAAUGCUUGUGCUCACCUUAAGCAGAACAGCUACCAUGAAUAUUUGAAGCUAAAGGCAAGAGUUGAUGUCCUGCAACAAUCUCAAAGAAACCUUCUUGGGGAAGACUUAGGCCCAUUAAACACGAAAGAUCUUGAGCGGCUUGAACACCAGCUGGAGAAGUCCUUGAAGCAAAUUAGAUCAACUAAGACUCAAGGCAUUCUGGAUCAGCUUGCUGAACUUCAAAGGAGGGAGAAAAUGCUAGCUGAAUCUAACAGCGCCUUGAGAAGGAUGACUCAAGGCAUUCUGGAUCAGCUUGCUGAACUUCAAAGGAGGGAGAAAAUGCUAGCUGAAUCUAACAGCGCCUUGAGAAGGAUGUUGGAAGCAAAUGCUGCUGAUAUUGCUCAUGGAAUAUCAUGGGAAGCUGGGGGACACACUAUUCCUUGCAACCUCCUUCCUCAGUCAGAGGGCUUUUAUCAGCCUCUGGGAUUGAACUCCACACUGCAUUCUGGAUAUAACCAUGUGGGCUCAGAUGAUGAGAUAAAUGUUGCAGCCUCUAGCCAUAAUAUCAAUGGGUUCAUACCUGGAUGGAUGCUUUAA